AUGAAGCCUCCGUCUCUAUUUGAACCGUUUCCUCUAACUCGGCUCGACCAAGCGAAUGGCGAGGUCUUCUUCCAUUAUUCUGUGUCCUUUGAGGUGCAAGAUGAGGAUAAGGCGCUUAAGACGAUCUCCAAAGGCGUCGACCACCUCCUUGCCCUCGUUCCCUUCUUAACCGGGGAGACCACACGCGCUGAAGGAAGCGGAGCAAUAGAAUUACGACCAGCCACGGCAUCGCCUGACGGAGAGAUUCCAAUGUUCCAAGUGAAGCGGCAUGCCAAUUGCACUCUCCCAGUCAGGAAAAUAGGCAAGAUCGCGUCCAGUGUGCCUCAGAAUCUCCCCCUCCAGGGUCACUUUAAUCCACUGCCACCGCUCCACAAACCCGGACAACCGUCACCGGUCAUACGUUUCCAGGCAAACGUGCUAGAAGACGGGAUUGUCUUGACCGUUGGCUUCAACCACCUCGUCUUCGACGCCAUGGGCGGCGCGGUAAUCAUCACACUGUUAGCGGAAUCGUGUCGCAACCCAAGAACCGCAGAUGGCCAAAUCGCCGCGUCGGAGUUGUUGCUCCGCAAGCAGGUCUCAGAUCUGGUCUCUGCCAUUAUGAUGAAUCCCAGUCCCGAGGUUGUCGAUCCACCCACAUCACUCGAGGUCUCCAAGCCAACGUCUCCGCCGCCCCCGCCUCCUCAAGUGCAGGAUGAGUGCCUCGUCUUCUCAGCCGAGCGGCUCGAGCAACUGCGCGACGCCUGCAAUAGCGUCCUCCCCUGGUUGAACAGCAGCGCCUCCAAACAGUCCCCAGAGGAAACGCUUACCACCGUCUCAUUCCUCUCAAGCAAUGACGUCCUGACAGGCCUAAUUUGCGAGACGAUCAAGCAGGCAAGGGGCCCUGACCAGCCCAGCCCCCCGCCCUGCAUGAUGGGCAUCAACGCCCGCGGCUUCUUCGAACCCUCGCUGCCCCAAACCUACAUGGGAAACGCCGGUCUCCCCCUCUACUUCCACGUCCAGCCCACCAUCCCAGCGCAACAAGAGCCGGCCCUGUCCCUCCCGCACGAGCUCCACUCCCCGCUCAUUAGCGCCCUCGACACUCCCUCCUUCGUGCGCAUCGCAAAGACCGCACACACCAUCCGAAGUGGGCUGUCGAAUUUCCCCAAAACCUACGCCGGCUCCCUAACCGCCUUUAUCAAGGCCGCCAGCAGCCCACCACAGCCAAGCGGGGGCCCCAACCCCGUGAUCGUGUCCAGCCUCAGGCCUCUGAAGACGUAUGAGAUGCAGUUUGGGCCCGAGCUCGGCGACAUUCAGACCUUUGAGACUGGAGUGCCCUGGGUUGAUGGGGCGUGUGUGAUUCUACCUCUAUGUGCGGGCGGGCCAGAGGUCGGGCGGUUGGCGCCGUGGUGUGUGCGGAUUACUUUGUACGCCGAUGUGAUGGAGCGGUUUAAGGGUGAUCGGGCAUUGAGCUGGGUGUUGCUCUAG